UAUUUUUCCACUCAUUUCAAAGACGCAGUUACAUUCAUUCCUGUUUUUCACAUGGGCGUUGCUUCAGUUGAAAGCAAAGACAGUCAGAUAACAAAGAAAACCCACUGAGGAAGUUCACAUGGCUUUACUCCACUGAGGGGUCCAACUUUAGAGGUGAAGUAUGAGAUUCAACAUUCAUUACUGAUACCUUUCCCUUACUCAUUUCUUUUCUCACAAAAGAGGAAAAUGCAAUUUUGUCUUUUUACCGUAGUCCUUGUCCUGAUUGGGGGAGGAUUAGGUAGUUGUGGCACUUGCUUCAACGCAUCUUCUGUUGUGGAGGUAGAUGCGCAUAUGGAACAUUACGUGUUUAGGAAAGUAAGGUCACCGUCUCUCUAUUCAUGUGCAUCGGAAUGUCUGAUGUCUUCAGUCUGCAUGUCCUUCAACUUUGAGACCAAGACUCGCAUCUGUGAACUCAACAGCAACAGAAGUGAUCUUGUGACCGUCACACCGCGGCCAGGAUUUCUUUACAGUGACAUCAACCACUGGCCUGAGUCACUCGCUGGAGCCUGUUCGAAGACACCUUGUCCGACGUCCAGGUGCCAAUUAGAUCGGCUCGGACGUGCAUCAUGUGAGACAGAGUUUCAGGGUUGUGGCGCACCACCUUCUGUUGCCAAUGCUGAGAUUCAUUAUGACGGUGUGUACGAAGGAGCAGUUGCAGAAUACACUUGCAAGGACAACUUCAUAAUGUGCACGGAUAGAAACAGCAAAGUCUGUCAGUUGACAGGAAAUUGGAACGGUUCUGUCGGCCCGUGCGCACAGUACAGUUGGGACAACCCGGUGACGAACUUCCUCAUGGUCGUGCCUUGUGGGAAUGCAACGAAUUUCAAAGUGGCAAUGAACAUCACCCCAACCGUUAUACGAAUAUAUAUGGAUGUUCGCGGCGAAGGAAAUCUUCUGUUUCAUGCUGCCUUCCGACUGGAUGAAAACACUCUUGUAUUGAACUCACGCUUUGCCGGUGUGUGGGGAACACCGAUUGAUCUAUCGCCAGUCCCAUUGGCAGUGGGAACGGAGUCUCUGGUGGAGAUACGACUGGAUCAAGGCAUGUACAUGCUAGCUGUAGAUGGAUCAAGCAUAAACAACUUCACAGACAGAUACCCGAAUGAGAUCCGAGAAGACGUCCGUAUCAGCGGUGACGCCAACGUCACCUCGGCGCACAUCACCAUAUGAUGUGAUGACUCUCGGUAACAAACCCUGCUAGACAAAAACAUCUCACAGCAAAGCUAAAAACUGUUUCUGGACAUACAAAGCUAUGGGAACAUUGUAUCAUUCUGCACAGUCAGCGGAGUAUCAGACAUUGUUUUUUCAGAUAUAUAACGUCAUGAUACAAUGGGUGACAUAUGUUUCAAUUACAAUUAAACAUGGUGGUCUCUC